AUUUGUACGAGGAGCUUCCCGGCGGGAUAUUGGUGGCCACUUUAUACAAUCAAUUGGGCUUGAAGCACACAAUACCACACGGGCAGUUGUACAUGAGAUAAUUAUACUCCAUUUAGCUCUUCAUGAUGUCCAAGACAGUGGCCAGCAAGCGUCGGCUAGAUGGACGGGCUAGAUUUGAUCUAAACAUUGACAGCCCCCAAUUGCAACACGUCACACGCCAUAUCGAUGAGACGGCGAACGUCCGAAUCGAAAACUGCAUCGGCUUCGUGCAAGUUCCGGUGGGCAUAGCCGGUCCCUUGCGCAUUACCGGCCCUGAAACGACGGGCGAGUAUUAUGCGCCAUUAGCAACGUGUGAGCCAACUCUGGUGGCUAGCUGCAGCCGGGGCUGUAAGGUCUUCAACGCGUGCGGUGGCCUGCAGUUUGAGGUUCUCAAUGAAGCUAUGUCUCGCGCGCCGACGCUCUUUUUUGACAGCCCGGGGCAGGCGAUCGCGUUCGCGCGCGCGGUCCCAUCUUUCCAUAGCGACUUUGCCCGAUGGGCCGAGUCAACUAGUCGAUACCUCCGUCUACAGGAGCUGAAGCCGUCGAUCAUUGGCUCCAGUGUGCAUCUUUUCUGCAGCUAUUUUUGCGGCAGUGCUGCGGGUCAGAAUAUGGUCAGCAAGGCUACGCAGCAUGCGUGUGAAAUGCUCCGGAAGUCUAAAUGGGCGAAGGAACACCAGAUCAAGGACUUCAUUAUUGAGGGUCAGCUAGCAUCGGACAAGAAGCCUUCUUGGGGUAAUGUCCAGCGAGCUAGGGGGGUCGAAGUGCUUGCGUGGGGCACCAUUACCGAUGCAGCUUGCCAAGAGACCCUUGGCUGUAGCACCGAGCGUCUAUAUCGGACGCAAAUGGCCCUGAAAGAGGGGGGCAUCCGGAAUGGUCAGUUCGGCUGCAAUAUCAAUACGGCCAACAUCAUCGCCGCGAUAUUUGUAUCAACAGGACAAGACGCUGGGAGCGUCGCGGAGGCUUCCUGGAGCCACCUCACCUCCGAAUACGACUACGGGACUAAGGAGCUCAAGAUGACUCUGUAUUUCCCUUCCUUAACGGUGGGUACGGUGGGUGGGGGGACCCUGUAUCCAUCACAACGUGAAUGCCUGGCCAUGUUGGGAUGCGCCGAGCCAGCGGGGAAAAGAAGACUGGCUGGAAUGAUUGCUGCCUUUGCAGUCGCUUUGGAUGCCAGCACCAGUGCAGCGAUUGCUAAUGAUACCUUCACCAUGAGCCAUAUGAAGCUAGCCCGUGGCGAAUCAUACGGGUCUCGAGCGACAAAGCUGUAGGAUAUUCUGGUUGUCGUCUUUUCAAAGUGGAUCAUUCUAUGGAGUUAGCUAUUUGUGUAUUGAGGUGGUUGUAUUUUUACCUGAUACUUCUA